AUGCCAAUACAAGCAUUCCUGACCAAACCUUACGUUUUAUUAAUUUCAGUGUCUGGAGAUUUAGUGAUUCAAUAUUAUGACAAGUUGAUCAGCACACAAGAUCUUCUUAUACGACUAAACAUGACCCACAAUCGAUUCGAUGUGAGCAACAUAUGUCCCUCUUUGAAAUACACUUGUGAAACAGUCUGUCCUAUGAAUGGCAACAAAGAGGCUCAAGAGAGGAUGUUUCAGAAACCUUGUUACUGCGAUAAACUAUGUCUGGAGCUUGGUGACUGUUGUUAUGACUACUUUCUACGGUAAACUUAAAUUCACUCAUUUCUGUUGAUGUUGAUAUUGUUAUUGUUAUUGUCGCCAUUGUUUUUACUAUUGCUGUUGUCGUUGUUAUUGUUAUCGUUGUUGUCGUUGUCGUUGCUGUUGCUGCUGUCUUUUUUGUUGUCCUUGUCCUUGUCGCUGUCGUUAUCAUUGUCAUUGUCAUUGCUAUUGUUAUCGUUCAGUCUCUCAGCUGACACUAAAAAAAUUGUGACCAUUGGUUACUCGUUCAGCUGACUAGAAUGCAUAACAUUUUGCUUAAUUACUUCUUUUGCUUUCCCUUCCAGGAGAAUAAUUACUUCUUGAGAGAGUACUAGUGACUUCGUUGCCUUCAAAAAGGUCGUUAUCUAAUAAUAAUUAUUAUCUUUUUUUUUUUUGAAUUGUUAGUUGUGCAGCUCACCUGCACCUCACACCAAACAGUAUUCAUUCGAGGUAUGUUUGCGUAAAGACGAACAAGACAAGGUUUCAUGGCUACGCUCUAAUUGGCAGCUGUCCGGCAGACAACUAUGAGAAGGAUUUCGACUCGUUAUGCAUUGCAAACUCUUUAUCUCUCGAACUGCCAGUCUUAGACCUAGACGACAGGAGUGUAUACAAGAACAUGUUCUGUGCCAGAUGCAAUCAGGCUACAAACCCAGUGUACUGGAAGUUUUCUGCCUCCUGUAUUGGGCGUUUCACAGAGCAUGAUAUUCCAAAAAAUAGAACAUUGAUGUUGGAGUUCAUAAAGAAUAACUGCAAAUGGAGCUUUACCGUCCCGAUUGUUAACAAAAACCUCAAGAGCUGCUUAGCCGUUAAAGUUUCAUGUAAAACAUCGAAACCACACAAUUCACUGCUGUCUCGUCUUUGUUCGUUUUAUGCCCUUCAUUUUUGUCACAAUAUUGAGUACAAGAAUCCCCAUUGUGAAAUAUGUCAGGGAAACGACCUCAGUGCGUUUUCAUGUGAUUGCGACACUCCUCCAAACCCACCCUCGAACAAUGACACCGCCGGUGGAUUUCUGCCUUUGGAUAUCUUAUUCGAUUUCUCCUCUUCUCACCACACUGUUAAAAUUGGACAAACAACAACAACGGUGAAGGACAAGAAAUGCGAGCACGGAUUUGUUUUUGAUCCCUUUACAGACAAGUGUAUAAAAGUGUAUGUUCUGGAUCGGCCAAUGUCAAACAAUGGUUCUUACGUCAGAUACAAAUGCAGGAAAGGUUCUGGCUUUGUCAAAAUUAACUUAGAAUCCAUUACUGUGUGGCCAAAUGGCUCAAUAUGGAUCCCUUUGCACAAGAAAACAUAUGAUAACGGAAGUUACUUUAUAAAUGGCUCUACGGCAUUCAUUUGCAUGAAUCUUACACGGCAUUUUUCUGAAGACGCAUAUUUUAAGGGAAGGCAGAUAUUGACAUUUGUGGGUUGUGCAAUAUCUAUGAUAUCCUUGAUUCUCCUCCUCGCCGUAUAUACCACCAUUCCGGAGCUAAGAACGUUGCCUGGAAAAAAUCUGAUGAGUUUGUCAAGCUCCAUGCUGUUUUAUCACAUUGUCUUUUUGAUGGCCGGCCAGACAGCUUACCCAUCCCUUUGCAUGGUGGUAUCUGUUGUCCUUCACUAUACUCUGCUGUCAUCGUUUUGCUGGAUGAGUGUAAUGGCUUUUGAUGUUUCCAAGACGUUUGCAAAGACAGGUAAU